AUGCUGGUGACAGAAUAUGAGAGUCAGUGCAUGAUGAUGUUGACAGAAUGUGAGAGUCAGUGCAUGAUGAUGUUGACAGAAUGUGAGAGUCAGUGCAUGAUGAUGUUGACAGAAUGUGAGAGUCAGUGCAUGAUGAUGUUGACAUUAUGUGAGAGUCAGUGCAAGAUGAUGUUGACAGAAUUUGAGAGUCAGUGCAUGAUGAUGUUGACAGAAUGUGACAGUCAGUGCAUGAUGAUGUUGACAGGAUGUGAGAGUCAGUGCAUGAUGAUGUUGACAGAAUGUGAGAGUCAGUUCAUGGUGAUGUUGACAGAAUGUGAGAGUCAGUGCAUGAUGAUGUUGACAGAAUGUGAGAGUCAGUGCAUGAUGAUGUUGACAGAAUGUGAGAGUCAGUGCAUGAUGAUGUUGACAGAAUGUGAGAGUCAGUGCAUGAUGAUGUUGACAGAAUGUGAGAGUCAGUGCAUGAUGAUGUUGACAGAAUGUGAGAGUCAGUGCAUGAUGAUGUUGACAUUAUGUGAGAGUCAGUGCAAGAUGAUGUUGACAGAAUGUGAGAGUCAGUGCAUGAUGAUGUUGACAGAAUGUGACAGUCAGUGCAUGAUGAUGUUGACAGGAUGUGAGAGUCAGUGCAAGAUGAUGUUGACAGAAUGUGAGAGUCAGUGCAUGAUGAUGUUGACAGAAUGUGAGAGUCAGUGCAUGAUGAUGUUGACAGAAUGUGAGAGUCAGUGCAUGAUGAUGUUGACAGAAUGUGAGAGUCAGUGCAUGAUGAUGUUGACAUUAUGUGAGAGUCAGUGCAAGAUGAUGUUGACAGAAUGUGAGAGUCAGUGCAUGAUGAUGUUGACAGAAUGUGAGAGUCAGUGUAUGAUGAUGUUGACAGAAUGUGAGAGUCAGUGCAUGAUGAUGUUGACAGAAUGUGUCAGUCAGUGCAUGAUGAUGUUGACAGAAUGUGAGAGUCAGUGCAUGAUGAUGUUGACAGUAUGUGAGAGUCAGUGCAAGAUGAUGUUGACAGAAUGUGAGAGUCAGUGCAUGAUGAUGUUGACAGAAUGUGAGAGUCAGUGA